AUGGGGAAACCAAAAACAAAACGUACUCCAGAGGAACAGCAAGAUUAUCAAGCUCAAAGACGUUUAAGAAAUGCCGAAUGCCAGCGAAUUAGACGUCAAGUUGCACGUAAUCUUUUAAAUGAUGAACGUAGAAAUGCUACAAUUGGACAAGAUUAUUUAGGAAAAAUGGAUGUUUUGUGUAAGCAUUGUAAAGCGAAACAUUUCAAAUUAGAAAAAGUUGAUAAAAAAGGUUUAUCUUUCAAUGAUUGUUGUUCGCAUGGAGCAGUAACUUUAGACACUACCUCUGACUUUCCUCAAGAAUUAUUGUCUUUAUUUGAUGGAACUCAUGCAAAUUCGAAUGAUUUUUUUGAUAAUAUUCGUUAUUAUAAUAAUUCGCUUUCGUUUGCUUCUUUUAAUGCCAAUUUAGUCAACUUUCAACAGCGCCGUCCAGGGCCAUAUUGUUUUAAAAUUCAUGGACAGAUAUAUUAUCAAAUCAAUACAGCAUUAUACCCUUGCGUAAAUGAAAACCCUGCUUAUGGUCAGCUUUUCUUCGUUGAUCAAGAAGAAGCCCUUAAUGUUCGAUUGUCACAAAACCCUCAUCUUAGACAAGAAACACUUUUAACGUUAGACAGAAUAAUACGAGAAAACAAUCUCUUUGCACAGUCAUACGCAAUGAUGAAACAAGAAAUAAACGAUCAGAGAUCACGAAUGAAUGACGAAGAAGAACUUAAAUUGCAAUUAUUAUUUACCUUGAAAUCAGGAACUGAUCGACGACGAUUUAAUUUUCAACGAACAAACGAGGUUGCUGAUAUAUUUUCAACAACAGCCGAUGGUGAAAUUCCAGAGUCGUAUGUUACUAUUAGAAAUAAAAAUACAAAAGUAUUGCAUAAUGUUAGCACUAUGGAUCCGAACGUGGAGCCAUGGAUAUACCCAUUGUUUCAUCCUUAUGGAUCGCAAGGAUGGCAUAAAAAUUUACAACGUAUCAAGGUAAAUGAUAAUGACCCAAGUAGACGAGUAACACGAAUGGCCUAUAUUAGAUAUAAAAUAGCUAUAAGACCAGAUGAAUUUAAUGCUAUUUUAUUAGGUCGUCGAUUGUUUCAACAAUGGAUUGUAGAUUCUUAUGUUAAAAUUGAAAAGGAUAGAAUUCAAUGGUGUAAAGAUCAUCAAAGAGAAUUAAAAGCAGAUACAUACCAAGGAUUACAUGAUUAUUUGCAAAAUUCUGCAAAUGAUAUCGGUGGCCAAAUAGGAAAAACUGUUAUUUGUUAUACCAUCAACUUUCUUGGGUUCACCACGUCACAUGCAACAAAGUUAUCAAGAUGCAAUGGCUUUGGUUGGUAA